AUGGCUUCAGGAAACUGCACAACACCAACCACAUUCAUUCUGUCUGGAUUGACAGAUGAUCCAAGGCUGCAAGUGCCUCUCUUCGUGGUGUUUUUAGCCAUCUACUUCACCACUGUGCUAAUGAAUCUGGGUAUGAUUGCAUUAAUCAGGAUAGAUCUCCGGCUUCACACCCCUAUGUAUUUUUUUCUCCGAAAUCUGUCUUUCAUGGAUGCCACUUAUUGCACAGUUAUCACUCCUAGAAUGUUGAUGACCUUUUCAGUAGGAAUGAAAACAAUUUCAUACAUAGGUUGCAUUAUGCAGUAUUUCAGCUUUGUUUUGUUGAUAAUCUCAGAGUGCUUGCUGCUAGCUGUGAUGGCAUACGACCGGUAUGUGGCCAUUUGUAAACCUCUGCUCUAUACCAUCAUCAUGUCCAAUACAGUCUGCUGGAAUCUGGUGAAAGCUUCAUACUUCUGGGGGUUCCUGAACUCUGUGAUACACACCAGUGGCUUGCUAAGACUAAACUUUUGUUCUUCAAAUGUGGUAAACCAUUUUUUUUGUGAUAACAGCCCGCUCUUCCAGAUUUCUUCCUCCAGUACUGCUGUCAAUGAGCUGCUGCUCAAUGAGAAUCAUACCACUGUGGCUAGCUUCAUAUUCACAGGAUUAACUGACAGACCAGACCUGCAGCUUCCACUGUUUGCUGUCUUUUCUUUGAUUUAUGGGAUGACCUUGCUGGGCAAUCUAGGAAUGAUACUGAUCAUUAGGUUUGACCCAUACCUGCAUACCCCUAUGUACUUUUUCCUCAGCAACUUGUCCUUCUUAGAUGUCUGUUAUUCUUCCACUAUUACUCCCAAUAUGCUGCUCAACUUUUUAACAAUGUCAAGGGGAGUGUCAUAUAGCGGAUGCCUUAUACAGUAUGGCUUCUUUGCACUUUUUGCCACCACAGAAAUGUUUCUCUUGGCUGCAAUGGCAUAUGACCGCUAUGUGGCCAUUUGUAACCCACUGCUCUACACUGUCAUUGUGACCAAAAAGGUUUGUUUACUGUUAAUAGCUGGAUCCUAUUUUGGGGGUAUUGUAAAUUCACUGAUACACACCCAUGGCUUGCUAAAAUUGUCCUUUUGCGGCUCAAAUGUCAUUGAUCACUUUUUCUGUGACCUCCUCCCUCUCCUAAAACUCUCCUGCAGUGACACCCAUCUCAACAAGGUCCUUGUUACUAUAUUUGGCUCCUUGUUUGAGGCAACCACUUUUACAAUCACCAUCAUUUCUUACUUUUUCAUCGUUGUCACAGUGCUGAAGAUCUGUUCUGCCAAGGGCAGGCAAAAAACUUUCUCCACAUGUGCCUCCCACCUUACAGCUGUUUUCACAUUUCAUGGCACAAUCCUGUUCAUGUAUUUCUUCCCCAGCUCCAGCCACUUGCUGAGCACUGAUAAAACUGUUUCUGUGUUCUACACGGUAGUUAUUCCUCUGCUCAACCCCUUAAUAUACAGCUUGAGAAAUAAUGAUGUGAAAUGUGCUGCAAGGAAACUGCUGAAGAGGAAAGUCUUUAUGUGCUGA